AUGGCUUCAAUGAAUUAUUGCUUCACUAUUUGUCGUGCAGCUGAAGAAAAAGUUCAACAAAAAAAUCAUUCGAAUUCAGCAUCAUCAGCUAUUGAUGUUCCGAAUCCAUCAUCACCUAAUACCGGUGCUUAUUUCUUCGGAAAGUUUUUUUCAUUUGGUUUAUCACCACCCGCAUCAGCAAUCGAUAAUUCAUUACUUUCCAAAGCAACGAAUCUUAAUGAUAAUAUUUAA